UUGUCAGGUGGAAUUUGUGUUGUCGAUAGACUUGUGAACCAUUUGUGAACUCUAAUAAAAUCCAAUUAACAUCUAAAUAAUUAAUAAAAUCGCCAAUAAUUAUAAAAAAAAACCAUUGUAUUGUCUGUAACAGCAACUGCAUCCAGAAAUAGAAAAUAAAGAUGGAUUCUUUAUCAAAACCAGAGUUGAUAUCAACAAUAACUAAACAAGCUGACCAAAUCAAAAGAUACGAAGCUAGGCUCCGUGAUGUUGUUGCCGCAUAUAAAGGACUUUCUAAGGAAAAGGAGGCCUUGGAAAUCAGUUUGAAAGCUUUGAACAAGACAGAUACUCCAAGUGAAGGUGGAGGAGAUGAUUCAGUUGCGGCUCUUACAGUGUCCCUUUCCACAUUAACUGCAGAAAAGGCGCGAAUGGAGGAAGCAUUUCAGGCAGACAAAAAAGUUACCAGGGACAAGUAUGAAAAUAUGCUGACUUCCAUGAGGGAAGAGACCAAAGCAUUAGUUCAACAGCAUUUGACAGAAAUCAACAGUUGGAAAGCUAAACUGGCAUAUGAAAUACAGGAGAGAGAGAAGGAGAGGGCAGAUCACAUGGCCAUGCUGAAGGAAUUACACAUUAAACUAAACACAGAAAGGAAAACGAAGGAGAAAUUGGAGGACAGAAUGGUCAAUGAUUCUGAAUCACAAGCCUCGCAAGCGGAGCUUGAAAAACGCGUGAGAGACUUAAGUAGUUCUCUAGAAGCGGCACAAAGGCGUUUGCAGCGCGCCGAAGCGAGAACAAUAGAGACUCCUGCGCAACUCGUCAGGUUACAACAAAAAUUGGCCUUGUUGGAGCAGUCUCACUCUAUUGCUAUUAGAGAGGAACAAAUAAAAGCGAAACGCGCCGAGGAAUCGGCUCGUAAAAUCUGCGCUCGCCAAGAAGAACGGGUGGCUUUGUUAGAAGGCAAGUUAGCUGAACUGUCAGAGACCGUUGGACAAUAUGACCUGAGACGGAGACAUGAUCAACAACUCAUACAACAAUUGAGGGAUUCGCUAAAUGGCAGGAUUAUUGACAAAAUGGCGGCCGGUGGAUCUGACUAUGUCGCAGAAUCAAAAGUAAGCGAAACGGACACAGAGAAGCUGGCGGAUAGCGAGUACCUGCAAACGUUAAUAGACAAAAUACACCUUCUGAAGAAAGAAUUGAUAGUUGAAAACGACAAGAUUGGCAAACCCAUAGAUAUAACAACAGUUUUCACUAUAGAAGGCUACGAAAAUGUACAUACGAAAUGCAAAGAAGAUUUGGAGAAAGUCAAAUCUGAAUUUGAAAUGUAUAAAGCGCAGAAUGAAAAGUGUGAUGUGGUUGAUAAUAGUGAGUUUGAGGAUCAAAAGACUGAGAUAGCUGUAUUGAAGGAAAAGAUUGAUACGUAUAAAAUGUUAUUGGACGAAGAGAAGCAGGAUAAAGCGGAUACUUUGAAGCUGUAUGAAGAGAAGAUGAGAAACGAACAAGACUAUCACAAAGAAGUAGUAUCAGAUCUAAAGACUCGCGUGCAAAGUCUCGAGAAGCAAGUCCAGACUCAACGUGAUCGUUAUACGGCUUUACUGGAAGAGACUGACAAUUAUAUACGAGCGAGAAACGACAGGUCUAGAAAAGUGAGCGUCGAAGACGGACAUUGGAAAGAGGGGGUGUUGAAUGAUGUGACGGCUCCACCGCAUAUGUUACACUAUGCGCACGAGUUGGCCAGAAAGGAUUUAGAUAUAUCUCAGUUGAGGAAGGAGAAGCAUUUACUUGAAGGGCAGUUCAGAGACUGCCAGCGCGAAUCUACCAUCGAGAAAGAGCGGUUCAAAGAAGUGAUUCGCACUCUGAAAGAAGAAAUUGACAGAUUGAGAAGAAUUCAAUCCCGUGAAGGCGCUAAUCUGGAAUACCUGAAGAACGUAGUGAUGGCGUAUCUAAUGUCUACGGAUUACGCUGGCAGAAAACAUAUGUUGAACGCUAUAGCCGCUGUGCUACAUUUUACUACCAACGAGAAGAAUCAAGUUUUGGCUAUUUUGUGAAACGAUUAGCGUGAUAACUUUAUAUUUAUGGCGGCCUCUGUGGCGCAGCGGUAGUGCGCUUGUGAUACCGGAGGUCCCGGUUUCGAAUUCCGGUCAGGCCAUGAUGAGAAAUGAACUUUCUCCGAUUGGGCUGGGUCUCUGAUCUUUAUAUAAUAUAUAUAUAUAUAUAUUUAUUAUAAAAUAUGAGGACCUGAUUUUAACAAAUACAAAACAGUUAAGGAUACAAUCAAAAUUAUGAAUACAGUAUAUUUUACUUACUAACAAGUGGAUUUUAAAUUAUAUGUUUUUCGUUAAGCGAGUGUUAAUAUUACAUUUAUACUUAGUAUCGUUGAGUUAGUAUCUCCUUAUAAAAGUCCCGAACUUACUUAGAGGCUAACUUAAUCUGUGUAAUCUGUCCUGCAUAUAUUUAUUUAUUUUUUAAAGAUUUUACGCCGCCGCAUGUAUAGUUUUAGCAAGUUCGUUAAAUCACCAUUUUGAACAAGAUAAAACUUGUGAAGACUUAGUUUUUGCAUGCGUUUCGUUUACCGUAUGCAUUGAUUAGUUCUUGCUAAUUCUUACAUGACUUUUAUUUUAAAGAAAAAAAAACAAAGUGUCUUCUUGGAUAGCGUACUGUA